AUGAUUGCCAGCUUACGUUACUUUAUUUUGCUGAUUCUCGGUGCUGGUUCCUUUUAUUGGUUCAACGUACCAAAUAAUUGCGAAAUUUCCGGAAAAAUAUUGAAAAAACAAACAGAAGACCUUCCAACGAUUUACGCCAUCACUCCGACGUAUUAUCGCCUCACCCAAAAAGCCGACUUGACACGUCUUUCGCAUUGUCUCCAACUCGUGCCGAACGUCUUUUGGGUCCUCGUCGAAGAUGCCAACAGCACCUCUGAGCUCGUUCGAGGCAUCUUGCAUCGUGGCGGUCUCACCGAUCGCAGCGUUCAACUUAUCGGCAAAACGCCCGACGAUCAAAAACCCAAAAAUGGCACAAAUCGUUUGUUAACUCCACGCGGCGUCAUUCAACGAAACAUCGGUUUGGACUUUGUAACGCGUCGAAUGGCGGAAAAGGGCGGACGAUCAAUUGUUUAUUUCAUGGAUGACGACAACGCGUACAGCGUCGAACUCUUCCAUGAAAUGGCGAAAAUCGAAGAAGGUCGCGUUGGAGUUUGGCCCGUGGGAUUAGUUGGAGGGCUGAAGGUUGAAAGACCCUUUGUGAGCCCGAAUGGAACUAUUUCGGGAUUUGGUGCAAUGUGGCAGCCGGGAAGAGCGUUUCCCAUUGAUAUGGCGGCAUUUGCAAUUUCGGGAGAUUUGUUCCAAAAAAAUCCGGAUGCCAAAUUCAACUUUAAGGCAAAGGGAAACUUUUUGGAAUCGAAUAUUUUGGAACAAGUGACGAAGAGGAGUGAAUUGCAACCGUUGGCGAAUUUGUGUACGGAAGUUUGGGUUUGGCACACGAGAACAGAGAAGCCGAGUAUGGAGCAGGAAAAUAAUUAUGUGAAUAAAUAUCACAAAGCAUCAGAUUAUGGAUUGGAAGUGUAA